CUCCCUCCUCCUCCCUCCACGUCCUGCUUCUCUCGCGCGCGUUCUACUUGCAAUGUCGCUCCCACCACAACUUCAGCAUACGCUUGAAGGACUGAAGUACCAGUUCAAGGACGCGUUCUGGGCACUCUCAUCAUGUAUAUGCCAGCAAGCCGCCAAGGUCAAGAUCAACGGAAGAACGUUUAGGAUUAUCCGCGUCCUGGGAGAGGGCGGGUUCUCCUUCGUGUAUCUGGUGGAGGACGAGAAUAGCGGGCGACAAUUUGCGCUCAAGAAGAUCCGGUGUCCCAGUGGAAACGAGGAUGUCAGGCAGGCUAUGCGCGAAGUAGAAGCGUACAGGCGUUUCAAGCACCCAAACAUCAUUCGUAUUAUGGAUUCCGCAGUUGUACAGGAUCCCAAUGGAGACGGUCAGAUAGUCUACCUCUUCCUCCCUCUAUACAAGCGGGGAAACCUCCAAGACGCCAUUAACGCCAACUCUAUCAAUAACACCCACUUCUCCGAGCGCGAGAUGCUGCACUACUUCAAGGGCACCUGCGAGGCCAUCCGCGCGAUGCACGACUACCGCGCGCCCGUCAGCACCCAAGCGAACCCAGCGCCCUCGCGCGCGAACCAGUCGUCAUCCGCCCACCGCAGCCCGAGCCAGUCGCCACGGCACUCUGAAGAUGACGAUGACGAAAUGUUUCCGCAUCCCGAGGGCGAUGCUGACGGCGGCUACUCCUACCACGGACCUGGAAGCGCGGCGAACGUCCCUCUUAUGUCGAAGGACAGGCCACAGGAUGACGUAGUGUUUGAUGGCGACGAGGAGUUGUCGCACAUACAACAUGAGGGCAACGGCAGUGCAGAACACACGGAGCUCGUGCCUUACGCGCACAGGGACUUGAAACCAGGAAACGUUAUGAUCGCGGACGACAACCAGCCGAUUCUUAUGGACUUUGGUAGCACUGUGAAAGCGCGAAUCAAGGUCGAGAACCGUUCUCAGGCGCUGUUGCAACAGGAUAUUGCCGCUGAACAGAGCACCAUGGCAUACCGCGCGCCCGAGCUGUUUGAUGUCAAGACUGGUAUCACGCUCGACGAAAAGGUCGACAUUUGGUCGCUCGGUUGUACACUUUAUGCGCUCGCCUACUCCCAUUCGCCGUUCGAGAACACACAAACUACCGAGCAGGGUGGCUCAAUAGCGAUGGCCGUUAUGGGCGCGCAGUACAAGCACCCCAGUUCAGCGUAUUCUCAGGGACUCAAAAACCUGAUCGACAGCAUGCUCAAAGUCAACCCUCAAGAACGGCCUGACAUCCACGAGGUAAUUCGUUUGACCGAGGAGGUCAUGCGGAGCCUGCGGUGACGAGCGCGCGUCCAUGUCUCCCUUCCGUCCGCGUCCGCUAGCGUAGUGUUUAUAUGCUUUCCAUCUCUGUUUUGCGUCGUCGCGCUCUUCCGCUCCUUAGCCUCUUGUUUACCGGUGGAAUGUAUCUGCAUGGACGUUAAUCGCUGCUGCAAUAUAGAAUAUACAUAAUAUCCCC